AAAAUUUUUUAUUUUUUAUUUUUUAUUUUUUUUAUAAAAAAAUUUAAAAAAAUUCCAAUACUGCGGAGACUGCGGAGAUCACAAAUAUGAGAAAACCUUUACCGUCAUUAUGUUUAGAAAAGAUAUUUUGUGAAAUUUAUAAUGAGGAAGUAAUAAAUGAUAACCCUCUUAAUACAAUUUUAGAUAUAAGAAAGACAUUAUUUAAUUGUUUAUUGGUUAAUCGAGAUUUUUGUAGACAUGUUAUUCCAAUAUUAUGGAGAAAUACAUUUAAUUGGUAUUUACCAUCCUCUAAAUUGAUUAUAACAUAUUUAAGUUUUCUUUCACCAGAAUCAAGAUUUAACCUAACAAAAAGAUUAAAUAAUAUUAAUAUAAGUGAAUUAUUGGAAAUUUGUAGUAAAGAAAGACCAUUUUUUAAUUAUACUUCAUAUUUAAGAGAAUUAGAAUAUCAUAGCGUAUUUAAAAGUGUACAAGAAUUAUGGCCUAAAGAAAUUAAAAGAGAAAGAAAUCGACAAAAUAUUGAAAAUCAAUUAAUAAUGGCGGAAGAAUUAUGUAAAAUGUUUUUAUUACAAUGUCCAACAUUAUAUAGAUUAGAUUUAGCAACAGAUUUAAAUUUUUUAAAUCCUUUCAAAUUCUCAUCAUUAACAUCAACUAAAUCAUGUUUAAUUAAAUUAAGAGAAUUUAAAUGUAGUGACCAUCCAGAUCAACUAAAAAUAUUCACCACUUUAUCAAAUAUAUGUCAUAAUAUUGAAGUAAUGCAAUUAGGAAUUUUACGAGAUAAUGAUAAUUUUAUUGAUUCUUCUUUAUAUGAAGGUAUUCGUCAACUUUUAAGAUCUCAAAGAUAUUUAAAAAAAUUCAUUUGUUCAUUUGCUCAAAAAGGUUUCAUGUCAAUUAUUGGUCCUAAUUUUCCAAUCUCAUUACAAGAUAUUACAUUACAUGCUUGUGAUCUUCUUGACGAGGAAGACUCUUUCAAUUAUUUUAUGGAAUAUUAUAAUCUUACAACUUUAACAUUAAUAGAUUGUAAUAAUUUACAAGGAUCUCAUCUUUCAUCUUUAAAAUAUUUGAGGAUCAAUAAUUUUAAACGAGAAAGGAAUAAUAUGAAAUUAAAUAUUAUAUAUAAUAAUCCAGUACAAUAUUAUGAUAUAAAAUCAAUUAUAAUUCAUAGUAAUGUAAUUUUAACAAAACUUUUACUUGAUGAUAUAAUACAACCUUAUUCACUUAUUGAAGAUAUAACAAAUUAUUGUUCAAAUUUAAUUCAUCUUAGAGCAAAUAUUUCAGCAAAUGUUUUGCCACAAAUUCCUUUAUUAUUUAAAUCAUUAAAGAAAUUGGAAAUUAUUGAAUUAAAAAAUGAAAAAACAUUUUAUGAAAAUUUAAUUCCUAUAACAAUGACAAAUGAAUUAGCAAUAGAAAUUUCAAAAUCAAUACCAAGUUCAUUAUAUAGUUUUACAUUUUUAUUAAUGGUAGUAUUUACAAGUCAAAGUCUUGCAUUAUUUCUUGAACAAUUGGAUGAAAGAUGUAUUAUUAUGAGUGAUACUUCAUAUUAUUCCACAGACGAUGAUGGGGAUGAUGGGGAUGAUAGAAGUGGAAGUGAUGGAGGUGAUGGAGGUGAUGGAGAUGAUGGUUAUUAUUAUGAUGAAUAUAUUGAUAUUGAAAUGAAUCAAGUAAUAUUUGAAGAAUUUUAUAUUAGAAUUGAUUUAGAUGAAUAUAAUGAAUCAAAGGGUGAACAUUUUAAAUUAUUUAAAGAAUUUGAAUGUACAAAAUACUUACAUGACAAUAAUUCUUGUCUAAUUCCCACUUAUAUUGAUGAGUUGGAUGAGUAACUUAAUAAGGAUUAUAAAGACUUUAUAUACUGUACUUUAUUUAUAUAUAUAUAUAUUUAUUUAUU